AUGGCUCCGACGCCUCUCGCCUGGCUGCUGAGCCUGGCCACACUCUGCCAUCUGACCAUCCUAGUGGCCGGCCUUGUUGACACAGGACAGCACCACGGUGUGACGAAAUGCAACAUCACGUGCAGCACGAUGACCCGACCAAUCCCCGUGAAUUUACUCAUCGGCUAUUGGAAGAACCCGGAGUCCUGCGGCAGGCGCGCUGUCGUCUUGGAGACCAAAAGGCACAAAUAUUUCUGUGCCGACCCAAAGGAGAAAUGGGUCCAAGAAGCAAUGAAGCAUCUAAACCGCUCGGCUCAGACUCAAAAUGGCGGCACGUUUGAGAAGCACAUUGGCUCAGAGCCCACGAUCACCCCAGCCACCACCGAGGGACAGUCCCAUCCUGCAUUCUCUGAGCCUGAAGCCACAGGGGAAGGCAAUAGUUUGGAGGUGACGACUUCUUCUCAGGAGGCCCAGAGGUCCAUGGGGACUUCCCCAAAGCUGCCAGUGGGGACGACGGACUCCUCAGGGUACAGGUCAACCCCGACGUCAAAGGCUCCAGAGGAAAGGCCUCCCGCUGGGCCAAGGAGCACCGAGCCGAUCGGGACAGCUGUGGCCUCGACCACUGUUGCCCAGCAGAGCCAAACUGGGCCUGGCCUCCGGGUCAUAAAGGCCCACUCUGAGACCCACUCCACCCAGGUCCUCUCCACGGAGCCCCCCUCCACCCAGACCCCCGACAUGUCAUACCCAGCCCUCGAGGAGACCACCCUGUCUAAAGGCCAGCCCACAUCGGGCAGGGGACAGACCCCUAGUCCAGAGACCUCUCCAGGGCCUGAGGAGAUGAGUCCUGUCUCAACACCCAGGGGUGCGUCCCAGGACUCGGGGCCUGGAAAGAUGACCCACGCUCCUGUGGUCCCUGUCUCCUCCGAAGGGACCCCUAGCCAGGAGCCAGUGGCUUCAGGCAGCUGGGCCCCCAAAACUAAGGAGCCCACCCAUACCCAGAGGUUGACUAAUACGUCUGGCCCUAUCAAUACUGACCCUGGCCCCCAGGAAGCCACCCGAAGGCAGGCAGUGGGGCUGCUGGCCUUCCUUGGCCUCCUCUUCUGCCUGGGGGUGGCCAUGUUCGCCUACCAAAGCCUCCAGGGCUGCCCCCGCAAGAUGGCGGGAGAGAUGGUGGAAGGCCUUCGCUAUGUCCCCCGGAGCUGUGGCAGUAACUCCUAUGUCCUGGUGCCAGUGUGA